AUGGUCUUAUUCUCUCAAGUGAUAGCAACGUUCCACGCACUUUUCGACGUGAUCGGCCUCCCCGGUAAUUUAUUAGUCAUAGUGACGAUUAUCAUCGAAUCAAGGUUUCAUGUGAUGCGAUAUAUUUUACUGGCCAGUCUCGCGUUAUCGGACUUUCUGCUGUUGGUCAUCGUCAACUCUUUCCUCAUUGGAAGCAUAGCGCAAGAGCGCUGGUUGUAUGGUCAAACAAUGUGCAAUCUCAACCCUUUCUUUGCAAGAUACUUUUAUAUAAACACGGUUCUUCACUUGGUAGCAGUGUCUUAUGAUCGAUACCAAGCCAUAGUUAAAUCACCUCUGACGUAUGAUGGCACCAUUUUUACGAAAACAAGAAUGGCGUUUAUGGCUCUCAUCUGGAUAAUCCCGAUUCCACUUUCCAUCGGUCCAUUCCUUGGUUGGGGAAAGUACGUUUACAACCCAGAGGUGUACUUUUGCGAGCAAGGAUGGGCUGAGCAGAGUGAGUGGAUUAGAGUCGUUUUACCGGUUGCAACCCUUAUUGUGCCAUUUCUGGUCAUUGUAUUUCUAAACGUGUCAGUAUACAAGACGGCAAAAAGGCAGAUAAACGCCAUUGAAGUCCAAGUGGCCAGCCACGUUGAUGCUAAAAGCCAUCAACAGCAAGAAAUGUCGAGGCGAAUAAGAGAUCGGAAGGCAGCUGUCGAUGUCUCCAUCAUCAUCACCGCGUUUUUGGUGUGCUUUCUCCCAGCCUGGAUUAUGGGCUUUUUCCGCAAUUUUGUCCCUGGAAUCGAUGUUCCAGCCGAGGCAGUCCUCGGCACAUCGUGCAUUUUCUUCCUCACCUCAAUAUGCAACCCGAUCAUCUAUUCCAUCCGUAGACGAGAAUUCCGUGUCGCGUUGAAGAAAGUGUUCAGAAGGGUUGGAGUUUGUCAAGAUCCUAACGAUAACAGCGUUUGA